UCCCACAGUCCAAUUAUAGUCAGGUGAUAGUGUUUCCUGUGUCAGGAUCAAUUGUAUGAGGGGACAGAUAAGAGGAGGAUGGCCACAUUGGCAGAUGAUUGAAAAUCACACCCAGUGUUGGGUUUUGUCUGAUGAAAACAAUUGUCCCCCUCACAGAAAAGAAGUGGAAGAAAUGCGGGAAGAGCUGCAGGAGUCUAACCUCACCUUCAACCACAAGAUCGCAGUUCAAGAGAGGAACGCUCUAGCUAACUGGAUGAAGGCUCGGUAUUGGGAAACAAGGAUGAUGCAGCAGAGCAGGGAGAACGCCUACCUGAAAUACAGACUGCGCAUGAUGCAAAGGGAGAUGCUGCCUGUGGGAUCCGUGAGGCAGGAACUGAUGCAGAGAAGGCCUGAGUCGCAGAAGCCUGUGAGGCAAGCAUCUAGAGUGGUUCCCAGGAUGAACAGCAGCACUAGCCCUCAAAGCGACCCAGAGAUGCAUACGGUCACUAGAGGUGUGAGAGAGUUCCCUCAUUGCCCAGGGCUCCUCCGUAUGCCCUACCACAUGGGGUGGAAUGUACCAGACUUCCCUCCUCCUCAUCCACCUCCACAGUGGUGGACAUGGGGGCCUUGGCCACACUUCGUUCCUCCACCACAAGGGUAAUCAUUUUGUAAUCUGAAGACUUCCUUGACCUCCAACAACCAGGCUCCAAUGAGUUUUUAUAUCUAGUCAAGAUAUGAAUGUUUCUGCCUGGUGGUCUGAAUGCUUUCCCUGCCCAUCCUGUACCCUGUGCUUUGUCUCUCCUGGUAUCUCCCCAAUAAACUGUUCAUGGUUCUG